AAAAGCAAAUGGAUUCUUCCUCCUUCUUGGCGGAGUAGACACUCCGUAUAUGAGAUAGCCAUUCAAGAUUUCGCCUGGUUUCGUGGGAAGAAGAGGUGUGAUUUGCUCGAAGCUCGCGAGGCCGAGUUUAUUCAGAGUCGCAAAGAACAGAACCCCAGAGAAAAAAAGCUUAGAUAUGGCGUCGACGUUGGCAGCUACCUUGUCAAUUGGAUCAACUCUUUCCUUUGGCCACAAAUCUGGUUCCCUUGCUCAACCAAAGCCCGUUGGUGUGAGACUCACAUCCCAUGCAUCUCUUGCAAGUUUCAGUGGCCUCAAGGCCACCACCAGUUCAGUAAGCUGUGAAGCCGGGUCAUCUUUCUUAGGCAAGGAAAGUGGUGUGGCCCUUCAACGCUCAGUUGCAAAUAAAGCGCAAAAACAAAGCCAGAGGUUGCAGUAUCAUCUGCAGCCACGGGCGUCUUUCAAAGUGGCAAUUCUUGGAGCAGCUGGAGGGAUAGGGCAACCAUUAUCACUUCUUAUCAAGAUGUCCCCUUUGGUCUCUGCUCUUCAUCUUUACGAUAUUGCCAAUGUCAAGGGAGUUGCUGCUGAUUUAAGUCACUGUAAUACUCCCUCGCAAGUUCUGGACUUCACAGGAGCUUCUGAGUUACCCAAUUCCUUGAAGGGUGUGAAUGUUGUAGUCAUACCUGCUGGAGCUUCAAGAAAACCGGGUAUGACCCGUGAUGAUCUCUUCAACAUCAACGCGAAUAUAGUUAUGAACUCGGUCGAGGCCAUAGCAGAUAAUUGCCCUGAUGCCUUCAUCCACAUAAUCAGCAACCCUGUUAACUCCACCGUGCCGAUUGCAGCCGAGGUUCUGAAGCAGAAGGGUGUCUAUGACCCAAAGAAGCUAUUCGGCGUCACCACGCUGGAUGUUGUGCGGGCAAACACCUUUGUUGCUCAGAAAAAGAACCUAAAGCUCAUUGAUGUGGAUGUGCCAGUUAUUGGGGGACAUGCUGGAAUUAUGAUUCUGCCCCUGCUUUCAAAGACAAGACCUUCCGUUAGUUUUACGGAUGAAGAAGUGGAAGAGCUAACGGUAAGGAUCCAAAAUGCUGGGACAGAAGUGGUAGAGGCAAAGGCUGGUGCUGGAUCCGCUACUCUGUCAAUGGCAUAUGCAGCUGCUCGAUUUGUUGAGUCAUCUCUUCGUGCUUUGGAUGGAGAUGGGGAUGUGUAUGAGUGUUCUUUUGUUCAGUCAGAUUUGACCGAGCUUCCAUUUUUCGCAUCUAGGGUGAAGCUUGGAAGGAAAGGGAUAGAAGCACUGAUUCCAUCUGACCUCCAAGGUUUGACUGAGUAUGAGCAGAAGGCCCUGGAUGUGCUGAAGCCUGAAUUGAAGGCCAGCAUUGAGAAGGGUAUCGCAUUCGCGCAGAAGCGAGCAGUUGCUGCCUAAGUUCUAUCAGCAAAAGGCAACUGAAGCUCUAAGUCUUAAUAUACGUUGAUUAGAGAAAUCAGGGCUGUCAAUUUUGUUAGUAGGCUUUCCCUUGAUCAUUUUGAACAAGAAAUUUUCAAGAGCUUUUACUGAUGAUGAGAAGCUUUUAUGAGUGGUUAUGCUGGUGUUGUAGAUCAAGAGAUGUAGUGUUUCCAGUUUGACAUUGUAGCACUUUCUUAACUGACUAAUGAUACUCCCCGUUUGAAGGAAUUGAUCCCAUUGGAAUGCAAGAUUUUGAUAUUUGAUGUGUUUUUCGCUUUUUCGAGUUCAUGUUAUUAAUUGUACCCUUUCUGUGUUCUUUUGGAUUAUAUGGGAUGGUUAUUUUCUUGUUGAUUUUGUCAAAUAUCUUUGGAUGAUUAGAGGGGUGGUAUUGCACUCUAAUUACUCGUGAUGAUGAAGAUU